AUGGACGGCACUAUGUUCGGAACAAAAUCGAAUUAUUGGGAUUUAAAUAAGAGCAAAUUUGCAGUUAUUGAUCAGCUACCACUGAUGGGGUCAGUGAGCCCUGUUCUCACGGUCUUGGCGAUUUACUUAAUUUUCGUUAUUAAAAUAGGCCCGGCAUAUAUGAGAAAACGAGAAGCGUACAAAUUAACAUUCGUACUAUUAGCAUACAAUGCCGUACAAGUUGCUAUAUCCGGGUAUUUGGUUGCGAGGUUCUUUCUAGAUUUACGAAGGAUGGGUUUGGUUCCGAGUAAAUGUUAUUUAAAUGAAGAAAAUUCGAGAAAUCAGAUCAUAUUCGGAACAUAUCUGUAUCUAACAGCCAAAUUCUCUGAGCUACUGGACACGGUUUUCUUCGUUUUGCGAAAGAAAUAUAGCCAGAUCACGUUCUUGCAUUUGUAUCAUCACACCGUGAUGGUUAUCGCGACAUGGGCAAUGCUGAAGUACUGGCCAUCACACACGCUCAUCUACAUCGGCUUCAUAAAUUCUUUGGUACAUGUCUUCAUGUAUUCAUACUAUGGCCUGGCAGCGCUCGGUCCGGGCGUAGCAAAAUAUUUGACGUGGAAGAAAUAUAUGACUAAAUUUCAAAUAAUACAAUUCAUCUCAAUAAUCCUUCAAUACGUGGCUGCUGUCAAGAUAUCGGAGUGUCCACCAUCAAAAGGCGUUGCUCUCUUUGUCUUUUGCAACACGGCUUUCAUCCUGAUGCUUUUCCUCAAUUUCUACUUGAAAAGUUACAGUGCAAAUAAGACAAAGAAGGCUGCAGAAGAAGUCGUUAAUAAUGCUUGCUUCGUCGAAAAAUAUGAUUAA